UUCUCAGGAUGUGUCUUGAUUUUUUUUCGGUUUAAACCACAUUAGUUUUCGUAAAGAAGUACUUUUAGAUGCAUAUGUACUUAUAUACUAAAAAUGUACAAGUUUGUAAACAGAGAUGAGGGCAGCUCCGUAUAUUCAGCUGUUUCUGAGAUCUUGCUAAGUCGGCCUGAAUGGACUCGCAUCAAUCGCAACAGUGAGCGCUUUAAUCUAAUUCUUGCUGAGAGGAACCGACCUGCUUAUGCAAGGCUUGGUGCCUCCCAAGCAAUUAAUUAUUACAGGGGAUCAUCUAAACUCUUGUGUCGGAAGGUCUCCCUUGUGCGCACUGUCAGGUCAAUAAGUGAUGCCAGUGGAUUAUGUCCUUAUCGGUGGAUGCCGCUUUCAUUUGUAAUUGUUCCAACAUCCAUAACCGAACAGAGCCAAGCACAGGCCAAGAAAUACAAUGCCACUGCAAAUGCUAGAGAUGAAAGGGAGCAGUUUUUAGAAGUUUACAAUGCAAGCUGUGGCAAUAGAAAUAUUUGGAUUGGAAAAUCAAAUGCUGGUGCUAAAGGAGAAAGCAUUUUCAUAUCUUCUGAUCCUAAAGAAAUACUGGAAUCAAUUGAUAAACAACAUCAAGCUUAUGUUGUCCAAAAGUAUAUUGAAGACCCGUUAUUAUUGGAUGGACAAAGAAAGUUUGAUAUUAGAGUAUGGGUGCUACUUGAUCACUUGUUCAAGAUCCAUGUAUUCAGUGAAGGUGUUCUUAGGACAUCAUCAGAACCUUAUGACUUAGACAGUCUGUCAAAUAUGACAAGCCAUUUAACCAAUCACUGCAUACAAGAAGCCCAUUCACAGAAUUUUGGUCAAUAUGAAAGGGGAAAUGAAAUGUUUUUUAGUGAAUUUGAAAGAUUUUUACUAGGACGAGAUGGCAUUGACUUUAAGCAGGUCAUUGCACCUCAGAUCCAUGCUAUAAUCAAAGAGUGCCUAAUGGGCAUCGAAGAGGGAAUCAGCACGACUGGGCUCUCAUAUCACAGCUUCCAGCUUUUUGGCUUUGAUUUCAUGAUUGAUCAAAAGUACAAAGUAUGGCUGCUAGAGGUAAAUGGAGCACCAGCAUCAGCAAGUGAUCUUCUUCCAUCAAUAUCUCGUCAAAUUGUUACCGCUGCAAUUGAUCCUCUUUUCCCGCCAAAAGACAUGCCAGAACAAAAAGACGAAAUGUUUGGUGUAUUUGUACAAAUAAAUUGACACUAAGAAGAUGGAUCACUGAAAAACAGAAUCGUAUUUGUGCCUUGGCUAUUUAAAGGCUCUUUUUUUUCUUUGGACUUAUUCCAAAAGACCUUUUACCCUCCCUAAUGAUGGAGAGCAUAGUGUGACAAAUAAAAGGGUAAAAACAAAUGCGGCUUUUUUUAGUGUACUCCAAACAACAACUCAAGUGUUUUUUAUUUCGAAACUAAUAUUGCGGUUUUCUAGACAACCUUCAAUGCAUAAAAUAAAUCGAUCGAUUGUUCAGUUCAGUGACUCCAAGCCUAGCAUGUGCCGGAAGUCAAUGUAGAUUUUUGCUUCACUCUGCAGUCGAUUCGACGUUUGAGACAGUUCUGGAAAAAUAUAGAAAUGAAUAAUCUAAAAAAACGUCCCUGUUCACUCCUCUCCCCUCUCUCAUUUUUCUCGACGAAUUUCGUCGUCAUCAUCAAUAUUGAAGCUCGUUAUUUGUAAAAACUUACAAUUUCGUAAUAAAAUGGCCACGUAAAGAUCUAACACCUGCCAAAUAACUAGAGAAUGAAAAAUGUACAAACACCAUGCAGGUUAAAUAUCUGUCAAUUUAGAUACAUUUUAAUUGAGACAUUAUUUUGAAGCAUUAUGCAUUCGGGGUGUGAAGAAAAUCAAACGAUUCUGCUUUGAAUUUUUUUUCAAAUAAUAACACUUAUAUCGUUAAUAAUUUUUCAUGUGAUAUGUAAAUUUCUUAAAUAAAUAAAUCUGCACUUGGUGACAAUUUCCAUUAAAUUGUAUUGGUAACCAAGCAAUUUCACUGUGAGAAAAAUGCUAUAUUAUAGAAUCAGCCGU